UCGUCAAAAUCGUAAUCAAAGUGCUUAACAUUUUUGCAUUAUUUUCAAUACGCAGAGCUUUCGAAAGCUACAACCGUCAAGUCCAGUGCCAUAAAAACGCUGGCGAGAUAAAAAAAUAAACUGAAAUAAUACCACUAAAAAAACCCCAAAGCGAACGCAGAGGAAUUUCACCAUAGCACAAAGAACAGGGCAGUGGCUGCCAGCGCAGAAUUCAAUUCAUUGCAAUUAAACAUGAAAUUUGCUGCAACGCCAUCCAGAGCACAACAUUUUUGUAGUAUCGCCCAGCCAGAAGAGCCCAAACAGCCGCACACCUGUAUCAAUAAAAUACGAUCGCGUCCAGUGUCGACCUUCAUUCCACAACUGCAAUCCAAACGCCGCGUGCAACAACACCGCCAAAGACAAUUGUGUAGGAUUUCUAAAAAUUGGAAGCAUCAAAGCUUUUGCAUAGCUGCGUCCUGAUCAAAACAUCUUUUGAUCUCUAGACUAAAAGCCAACUAAAUUUAAUUAUAACCUAAAUUCUUGAGACAAAAUCAAUAAAUCGGAAGGAACACGUGCGUUGCGUUCCGUUGCCGCCAAAGCGAGUGUAGACAUUUUGUGUGGUGUCGUGUAGACUUCUCUGCGGUCAGAGUCGGAGGACACACUCGGCUACAGGGCAUUUUUUCCCGUUUGUGUUUGUGUGCAACUGAGCAGGCAGGCCGACAAUACCAACGAAAACGUCGUCGUUUUCAAAUAAAAUUCGUGAGAAACGCAAAAUCAAAAACAUCAACAGUAUGCCGCGACGCAACAAGAAAUCAGGAGGAGGACAAGGCAAAGGCCGGACCAAUGACUCGAAUUCCGAAGACGAGUCCUUUGAUAAUGUGAGCGUCUAUUCGCACGUGUCGGAGGUUGCCUCCUCGGAGGCCAACGAUGACCUGGCCAAUGAGCGUUUCGAGGAGAAGUUCGAGAAGGCCCUGGAGCAGGCCACCGAGAAGUCGGCCCAGACCCGUGUGCAGGCCCUCCAGGCCAUCUGUGAGCUUCUGAUGCACCGCUAUAUGCCCGAUUUCGUGGAGGACCGCAAAAUGACGUUGAUGGACUUUGUGGAGAAGAGCAUCCGUCGCGGCAAGGGACAGGAGCAGGUCUGGGGCGCACGUCUUGCCCCCUUGCUGGUACUCCAGAUGGGCGGUGACAAGGGCAUCUCCAAGGCCAUGGACCAGUUUCUGUUGACCACCGUUCAGGACAAGUCCAUCGGCUUCGAUGCCAGAGCCAAGUGCGUCUCGGCCCUUGGAUUGCUUAGCUUUUUGGGCUGCGAGGAUGUCGCCGAACUGGUCCGUCUCAUGCAGUAUAUCGAGGCCAUCUUUGCCGGCAGCUAUCUCCGGGGCGACGACAAGACCCCAGUGUCGGUCACCGCCGAAGCGGGAGCCCUGCAUGCCGAGGCUUUGAGUGCUUGGGGCCUGCUUCUGACUCUCAUACCACCGGGUGAUUUCGUGUCACUGAUGACCACCGGAAAUAACAUGUUCCCAUCGAUCAAGAAGUUCUUGGGGCUUUUGCAGUCCCCACAUUUGGAUGUCCGCAUGGCCGCUGGCGAAACCAUUGCCUUGAUACUGGAAUCGGGCCGUGCCCACGAUGACGACUUCCUUGAGGAGGAGAUUGCCGAACUGAGCGAGGCUGUCAAGCAGCUGGCCACCGAUUCGCACAAGUAUCGGGCUAAGCGCGAUCGCAAGGCUCAGCGUGCCACCUUCCGGGAUGUGUUGCGUUAUCUAGAGGAGGACAUUUCUCCGGAAAUCAACAUUCGCUUUGGCACAGAGUCUUUGACACUGGAUGCAUGGUCCAUUCACCAUCAGUAUUCGGCCCUGUGCACAGUGAUGGGUCCCGGCAUGACCUCCCAGCUGCAGGAGAACGAGUUCAUACGCGACAUAUUCGAGCUGGGAGCGCGUCCCACCAACACUGGCAUUAAUGGCAAUGCCAAGAUCAAGCCGACCAAACUGGAGCGCCAUCUGGUGAAUGCUGCCGCGUUCAAGGCCCGCUCCAUUUCGCGUGGCAAGAAUCGGGACAAGCGAUCGGCCGUCGUCACUUAAAGCUGGAAAAUCAAUCAAAAAAAAUCAAUCACCCCACAAAAUCCCAACAGUGAAACACUCUCAAAACAAAACAAAACAGAACGAAUCCUCUCAAAAUCCCAUAGCCAACGACCCGACCCGCUAGUUGAAUUUUUUCUAAUUUUAGCUUGAACAGGGCAUAGCAUAGCCAAAGCUAAAACUAAGUCUAAAUUUAGGAUAUGUUUCUGGAAAAUCAACAAAUGCAACAAAAUUGGAAUAUUUAUAAACACUGAACACACGAACGGGCCAUUAUUAUUAAAUAUUAGCGCUAACACGAUAUUAAAUUGUGUGUGUGUAUGUAUCGAUCUGAAUUAUUUGCACUUUUUUUUGUUAUGUAUAUGAAAUUUAGCAUGUCUCGUCGUAUAACCCCCCUUUUGGGGUGCAGGGGCGGGGCAUGCCUCUUACGUUGUUGAUCUUGAUUUACACUAUGAAUAUACAUACAUACCUAAAUAUAUAUACAAUCUAAAAA